ACUUUCGACCAAAAAAAAAAAGUUGACUAUGUAGAUCACCUCACGCUUAUUUAGUAAGCUGCAGGAAGGUAAUUCCAUCAAUUUUUCAACACAGAGACAAAAAAAAAAGAUAAGAGUUCUAAAAAUAUGUCGAUGGACACAAUAAUAGAAGACGACGAAUCAUUUGUUUCUAAUACAAAUGCAACCAUCUAUGGCGCUUCUUAUAUUUCAGUGCGAACUGAAAGCUUGAUCUCAGGUUCCAAUAUUCCUAAUUCGUCUUCAACGAGUGAAGACGACUGUUACCAGCAGCAGCAGAUCUCAACUGCUGCUGGUGGCGGCGGCGGUGGUGAUGAUACUACUGAUGAUUUAAUUGUAUCAUCAUGUGCAUCAUCGAACUGGUUUACCAAUAAUAUUAAUAAUAAUAAGCAAGGAGAGGUAAGGAUAUUUAAUGUUGAUUUCAGGGCAUUAUUAUCAAAAUCACCAACUCAACCCCAAAAUUACUUUGCACAAGCAAACACCAGUUCAUUCAGAAUGUUUAGAUCAGAUAAUUUUAGUACUGUCCAAUUAUUCCCUACAAGAUAUCGAAGAGAGAACAUGUUGAAUAGAUCCAUAGCAUUUUCGAGAAAAUUGUAUAACGCGACGGUGCCAGAACUGUUCCUCGUUCAUCAACUUCGAUUCAUUUCUAAUGCAUCCAUGAUAAAGCCAACCCCAAUAAAGCCGUGGGGGUUUCCUCCGAUUCAGGUUGCCGAUAAAUCAAAAGUUAUUGCCCAUGAGAGACAAAUCAUGAAUCAUCAACAAUCUUCCUCCUCUUUCCGGUUCAGAUGGACUGCUUUUCUUCAUAACCGGUUUGUUCAGGCUGUGGAACUUCUUGGUGGUCAUGAAAGGGCUGAUCCGAAAUCAAUACUGGAGCUAAUGGAUAUCCAAGAUCUCAAACUUAUUUUCAUCAAAAGUCAUUUGCAGAUGUAUCGUGCUGUUAAAAAUGCUGGUGCAAUGAAACUUUGAAGGGGCUUGUGUAUAGAUUUGAAAUUACAAGAUUGUAAUAAACUAUGUUUUCAGAGUUGAUUUGGUUUUGUUACAUUAAUUAAGCAUAUUUAACGUUUAAUUAAAGUUAAA